AAACUGCUGCAAAGUAUUUCGCUUGAAGUUAUCGUCAAAACGAGUUGUUCGCGAACAGUGCUUCGCAACUCUGCACUUCAAAAUUACGUAAACCAGCAAUAACAAACAUGCUGUCCAGCCUCAGAACUGGAGUUCAGGGAAUAUGGCGUGCCUCGUCCAGGGCUCUGCAGACGAGCUCGACCCUUCAGAGCGACAACCUGUUCGUCCAUCGCGACACUCCCGAAGACAAUCCGAGUAUUCCCUUCGAAUUUACGCCGGAAAAUAAAAAGCGUAUGGAAGCAAUCCUAGCAAUCUAUCCGGAAGGCCACAAGCGAGGAGCCAUGAUGCCGCUCCUGGAUCUGGCGCAGCGUCAGAGCGGAGGCUGGCUGCCCAUAUCUGCCAUGCACAAGGUGGCUGAGAUCUUGAACCUGCCGAGGAUGAGGGUGUAUGAGGUUGCUACGUUCUACACUAUGUUUAUUAGAAAACCAGUAGGUAAAUACCAUGUCCAAAUCUGCACAACCACCCCCUGCUGGCUGCGGGGCUCUGACGCCAUCAUGAAGGCUCUGAAGGAAGAGACGGGAUGUGAGGUCGGAGGCAACAGCCCUUGCGGCAAGUUCACACUUUCUGAGGUGGAGUGCUUGGGUGCCUGCGUGAAUGCACCCAUGGUUCAAAUCAAUGACGAUUAUUAUGAAGAUCUUACCGUAGAGGACACCAAAGAAAUUAUCCAGAAGUUGAAAAAAGACGAGAAACCCCUUCCAGGACCGAGAAACGGCCGCUUCGCCUCCGAGCCCCUCGGUGGCCUAACCUCUCUCACGGAGGAGCCCACAGGCCCCGGCUACGGCGUCCAACCCGCACUCAAGUCAUAAAUCGUUGAUUUUGUAAAUUUUAUUUAAUAGGUAAUUUAAAUAAAGAUCAUGUUAGCAAUCA